AACUCAGAGACACAACAGUCAUCACUGAGAGUCUGUCAGCAGGAUGGGAAACACAAAGAGCAGCGCCCUGUCCAAAGAACUUCUGGAGGAUCUAAAAUCCAACACAAAGUACUCAGAGGCCGAGCUGUGCUCCUGGUAUCAGUCCUUCCUGAAGGAGUGUCCCACUGGGAAGAUCAGCAAAGAGCAGUUUGAAGGAAUCUACGCCAGCUUCUUCCCAAACGCAGACCCCACAGAGUACGCACGCCAUGUUUUCAGGAGCUUUGACACCAAUGCAGACGGCACUCUGGACUUCAAGGAGUACAUCGUGGCUCUGCACCUGACGUCCGGAGGAAAGACUCUGCAGAAGCUAGAGUGGGCUUUCGCUCUGUACGAUGUGGACGGGAAUGGAACCAUCAGCAACAGCGAAAUCCUUGAGAUUGUGCGGUCAAUAUUCAACAUGAUUCCUGCAGAGGAUCAAAAGAACCUCCCCGAGGAUGAGAACACGCCGGAGAAGAGAGCAGAAAAAAUUUGGGAAUGUUUUGGAAAGAAGGAGAACGAUAAAAUCUCUGAGGGAGAGUUCAUUCAGGGUGUGAUGAACAACAAGGACAUCCUGCGUCUGAUUCAGUAUGACGAGCCUCAGAAAAUCAAAGACAAGCUGAAAGAGAAGAAACAAUAAGUUGGAUUUUUUAAGGGUGCAGAUUAACCCUUCCCU